CUGUUCACGAGCUAUGUUAUGUUCUACAAUUAUCAGUAUAGGUGGACUCCCCUUGGCAGCACUGGUAACCUGCCUAGCGCUGUUAGCGGCUUUGUUUUGUUCGCUGAAACUCAUCGAACCAGCUCGAGGGGGAAGUUCUCUCAAUCUGCGGAGAAGCAGUUCUGCUAUCUCGGCACAGAGCAGGACCGGCAUGACAGGUGUCGCGUAUGCUGGCUGGAGACACAUUGUGCACACCACGAAGGACUUUCGGCAUGAUAAGAGGUUAAUGGUAGUGCUCUUGUUCUCCUCCCUGACUUUUGCGUUCUCCGAGACUGUGCAUAAUCUGAAAGGGGUCUUCCUGCUGGAUCGCGGCGUGCGACUGGCAUCUCAGGGCUGGUGGACGGCUAUAUCCUUUGCGCUAUCGUCAGCUGGGUCUCUCUACGCCAAUGAACUCUCUAACCGAUUAGGGGAUAUCGGUACACUCGCGCUCUGUAAUGUGAUGAGUGGGCUGUCAAUGUUAGCUGCAACAUAUGCGCCACCUCAAUACUCAGCUCUGCUGUUGAUGUCCGGUUCCUUUAUGUGGGGCGUUCAGUGGCCUGUGUCGUCGCACCUGCUGAACUCCUGUACACUCUCUCAUCGACGAGCAACCAUUAUCUCUGUAGUAUCGUUAGUUAAGAAGCUUGGACUCGCGAUGUGUGCGCCGGGUCUUUCGUUGAUAGUUGAUACUUUUUGCGACAAGUCAAACACUAUCUUACUGGCGUUCCAGGCGGCAAGCGUGCUUCUGAUGUUUAUACCCGUAGUUCUGCUCUUGUAUCCAGAGGAGCAGUCGGCAACAGCACUGGCUCAGUCCUUCGAAGACUUAAUGGACGAUCUACACAAUUCGAAUCCUUCGAUAUCAGGAGAGACGACUAUGGCGACGGUUCUGAGUGAGAAUAUUCUGAGUGAUGAAAGGUUACUGAGUCCGAAUGAUGGCAAUGAGACAAAGAAAACACGAUAAAAUGUGCGAUUAGCC